GGAAGGGAGGAUGUGCAUCAUUAAGCCGGAGAGUCAAAAAAGAAUCCAGCUGAACACGAGCCAUUACGUUUCUGGUUGUCUUGUGCACUUGUGCCCGGCCCUUAGAAAAAAAUAAAGAUUGUUCGCGCGUCUCCAAUAAUUAUUUAACUUCACGUAGCGCGCUUCGUUGCGCAGCAUUGUUAACCUUAUCUAUACGGACGCGCUAGGCAACUACAUUGGCUGCGGUGUUCAGCUUCCGAGUCCGAGACCUUGGGUUCGGACGCCAGAAUUCCGAAGGGGGUCCAAUACAAUAACGGUGCCUGUCAUAGUUCGAAUGUUGCAGGCAGUCAGUCGGUCAUUCAGUCACUCAAUCACUAAAGUACUCAGUCAGACAACAUUUUCCGCGGACAACAGUUGCCACGUUCGAAGGUUGCAAGCUAUGCGCUGAUUAGCUUGAGCAUGAUGACAGUUACAUGACCUACCGUUGACGGCAGCUGAGACCUUGGAAGAUAUCUGAACACCGAUCGUUACAGGACUUUAUAUGGUAUUACAGUUGCUUCUUUGGGCUAUGUUCGGUUUCUCAAGCUGGCGGUGUUAGUCAACUGCUUCGCUAAAGCCUCCAUAUCUUCUUUGUGUGUGUGUGUGUGCGCGUGCGUGCGUGCGUGCGUGUGUGUGUGCGUGCGUGCGUGCGUGUGUGCGUGCGUGCGUGCGUGCUCUACACAGGGAUAAGAGAAGCGUAACUUCCCGAAGCUGCAUGGUAGGCUUUGAAGGACACCUUAGUGGAGGGCUCCAGAUAAUUUUUUUACCGCAUGGCAUUCUUCAGUGUGCAUUUAAUGCACAGUGCACGAGCAUUCUUGCAUUUCGUCACCCACUGAAAUGCGGCCGUCGUGGCCGAAAACCGCGACCUCGUGCUCAGCAGUGCGGGCGCCAUAGCCACUCGGCCAUCGCGGCGCGUAUAAUUAGAUUGUCAUAACUUAGAAUUUGCACAAUGAUAACUUUAUAGAGAAAUUACGAAUAUAUUGCGGUUAACUUGAUAGACUGUAAGCGGUUCGAACUGGGCUUAUGAACACAGAGCUCGGCUGAUCUGCAAUACACUCAAUGCAUUUUUUAAAUGACCGCCAAGCCACGCAGUUAUUCUAUGAACGCGAUCAAAGAAGUGAACCACGCUGCCCUACUAGAAGCCUAAACUCCCUUCGAUAUAUUGGAGGGUAGAGAGCAAUAGUGCACGUACAGUGCAUUCGCUUAGUUAGUGUCAUGUAAUCGAGUUGGUGGUGUUGACACUUAUUGUAUGUGCAGAUUGCUUGACGUAUGUACCCUGCCUAUUCAUGUCUGUUCAGAAUGCAAGUGUCUUUUUAUACAAGCUUUAGAAGGUUAUGUAUGAAAAUGCGAAUGUGCAAUCUACAUUGCUUUGUAGUGGCGAUCACAGCGUUGCGUCGAAUGCACUCUUUGUUUCACGCCCGGGGGGCAAAGCUGUAACGAAAGCAGGCGGAAAGAGCGAGAGGGAGUGGUACAGAGAGGGAAGGGAGCAGACAACGUGAGGCGGCGACGAGCCUGGCAUCACGCGACUCCUACUUCAACACGGCUGCCCGUGGCUUCCCCGUCUGGCGGCCCGGAGCCACGGGCCGCCAGACUCCUACAAUGCCGCUGCCUCCCGAUGUCUGGCUGCCGGAACCCGGGGCUGCCGCGAGCCCUGUUGUACGGCUUCAACGCGCUCUGGUGUCUGCUGGUCGUGGCGUCCGUGGGCCUGGGCUCGGCGUUGCACCAGGGCUACUACUUCAUCAGCAUCGCCUGCGUCGUGCUCAUCGUGGCCACUUGCGGUGCCUACAACAUCCACCGGACGUGCACCGAGCAGAACCGCCAGCAGCCGAUGGACGUCACUUGCUGCGGCCCACCGCCGUCCUACGAGGAGGCCAUGAUUGGACAGACCGACGAGCCGCCCGACUACGCGGAAGUGGUGCGCAUGCUCCGCCUGGCGAAGCAGCCGCUGCAGAGCAGCACCACGGAGUCGCAGCACCUGCUCUCCUGCGAGCAGCACUCGCUCGCCGUCCAAGGAGAGAAGUAGCGGUGGGGAAGGUGAACUGCAGUGCCUGACUCAGUUGGUGUGCUUAUGCGUGUGGCCCUCGACGGAGCUGGCUCCGUCCUCGAAAACACGCAUUCGGCGAGCGAUGACGAGCCGUGCGCAACGUUGGCCGUUGAAAAAAAUGGGGCUUCUCGGAAGCGGUGAGCCAACACAACGGACACCCGGAAGAGAAACGCGAAGGACAGAGGGCACCGAACGAAUCCGUACACAUUCUGUGUGCUCCAUGUGUGUUUUUAUUUGUUUCUUUACACUAAUCGCGCAACGCUAUCAAGCGCAUUUCAUGUGUUUGGUUCUCGCCCCCCCCCCCCCGCCCCCUUACCCCCUCAACCCACCGCCCUCUCAAGUACACGGAUUUCAGCGACAUUUAAGUCUAAGGAAGAGUUUCACCCAUCUCUCAGCCGCUCCCCUAAUUUUAGGAAAUAAAAUGCGCCAAUUUGCUUCCGCGGGUGAAGUCAGCUGAUCUUCUUCAUUCAGAACGUAACAAACAGUUCAUAUACCCUCUAACUGAAGGGAAACACAAGGGUAGUGAACUUUGCAGCUGGUAUGCCAGCGACCUAAUGUCGCAUUUCCCUAACCCGUCUGAGAGUGUCGUAAAAAGCUCGUCGCAAACUUCCUCUCUCUUGCCUUUCCAAAACGGAGUAAAAGUACAAAACAGAGUCCUCGAAGUUGCAUGUAAAUAUGGAUAUGUUGCGGAUUCUCGAGUUAUCGAGAAAGUGGCAGUAAUAUCCACUCGUCAAUGUGAGAUGCCAAAGGGCAGCUGUAAAGGUAAUGUUCCUCGGGAGAAGUCUUUUGAUUUUACAGCAUUUUCACCUUACGAGUCGCAGUGCUCCAGGUGUCACCGCUCAAAACAGCAUGCCUAAGGUAGUGCAAUAACAAGCACACAUAUUUUAGAGUCAGUAAAUUUUGAAUACACCCUUGUAUAGUGUGUUUGCUGCUCGCCAAUGGCUUUCAAUAACACUUCAGUGUAGUCCUAUAGUAAGUUCUUUGUGCCAUGCAAAUGGAGAUGCUCUGUGAUAGAAGUUAAUCAGCGGUUCGUAUUGAGUAGUGCGUAGCAAUGUUUAAUACAGGCAUGAUGAGAGAGCCGGUCGGCAAAAAUGUAUAUUAAAGAUAUAUAAGAAACCCUGGGCGCUAUAACGUAAAACUGUUCCAAACUUUUCUAUUCCAAUUCUGCUAUCAGCCGUCCACGAUUGGUCAAAAACUUUUUUCGACCACCCCCACUCCACCUGUCUGUCACGCGAUGUCACGAAAACCGCGAUACCUCCCCAUCUGAUAUGAUGUGUACACACUGAUUAUGCAUGAUUGACAAAAAAAAGAAAAACAGUUAUUUCUGAUUCGACCCCUUUUCGCCAUUAGCCCUCGGCUAUUGGUAAAAAGUUUUCGGGCUGCACCCACUUCACCUGCCUAUCACGCGAUGUCACAAAACCGCAAGAGCUCACCGCGUCAGAGUGACGUGCACGCGAUAAAGGUGAAUUAAUAUGCCGAACAAAACUGAAUUUUCUUCGGAAUAGCCGCAGGCUGCCCCAUUCCGAAAGGAAUAAAAGAUGGCUGCCGCCGAUCGCUCAGACGCUGGCUACUCGCACCUUCCGGAGAGCAUGGGUGUAUUUGCGUAUAAUAAAACUUCUUGCGUGGCCGUGUAACGUUUUCUAGCACUUUCGGCACGUUUACCCCCUCAUUCUGCCAACUCUUCCUUGCGUUUUAGGUCCGUUUUAGCGUCAUUCUUGAGCUUCCGUUGCAUGCCGCCGCGAUUUUCGACCAGCCACCGCAAGCUAAGUAAGGGAAAGCCGACCAAUCGUAGACGCCGGCACCACCCUCUUCAUCCGGUUAUCGACUUUCAGUGUAGUGGCUCGGCCCCAUCGAAUCCCUCUCCACUUCAGCGUUCUCCUCGCUUCUUGUCAGCCAAUUAGAUACGACAAGCCGCUCAGUGCAUGCAAUUUUAUUCGUUUUUCAAGCAAACAAAAGUGACCUCCUAUGAACGAGGAGAGCGUUUGAUUGGUCUGUUCAGACAACCUUGCGGGUGACCGCCCGGUGCUUGCGUUGGUCGUUACGCAAAUUUGACGUCAGGAGAUUGGAAUAGAAACAUAUUGGAAUAGUUUUACGUUAUAGGGCCCCCUAUAAAAAGUAAUGGACACCAUGAGCUGGCAUGUAUAGCGCAGAAUGUAACGGCUAAUUCUACUCGUGCUCGAUGAAUCAACCUUGCUGCUCUCAACAAACCGCCAUCUCGCUUCUUCCGUUCCUUCCGAGGUCGCUUCGAAACAAACACGCAGGGCCAGAACGUGAAAUUUUCACGCAUUCAGGCAAAUGCACUUUUAGAAACGGAACUUUCUUUGGCCAAUCGAUAAAGCAGCGCUCAAAGCAACCGACCGUUUGUUGGCGUUCCUGCUUCCGCCACUGACCAUGGUCGUAUUCGUGGCUGAUGACGUGUGUAAAGAAAGAGAGAAAAGGAGGGAGAGAGAGAAAGCGGGCCGGUAUAGAGCGUGUUCUCGGACCACCAGGUAAAUCACGCUUAGGCGGGAUAAUCGAAGCCAAGAAGUGGCAUUGCGUGCCCUUGUGAGAACUAAUUUUUUUUUUCCGUAGUGUACAUUGCAUCACUUCGUUAGCACUCAAGUAUACCUCAUUUAUCCCGUAGGCCCUGCAUUUCCAGAUAGGAACACAGAAAAAGAAAGAAAGAACAGUAUUUAACCAGCGCGAAGGUCUGACACCGAUUCGUGUAGCAGAUUUUAAGCGCCCGUAUAGGAAAAACAUCCGCAUAUUCCCGCGGAAAAUUUGUGUUCGUGAUGGCGUUUCCGACUCAUGCUUCUACCGAGUCCAGGGUCUGCUGCGUGGUCCGAUUAACCUGGUCAGUUCUUAGAACCCUAAGAGGAAAUUCGCGGCUAUUUUCUUUGACAGAUAUCCAGGCAGUUGCAGUGUCUUUACCGCGACUUGCGGUUUCGGCCUCAGUAGCCGCUAGACAGUGAGCAGGUUCAGCGCCCCGCGCAGAUGACGUGUUUUGUGCGACCACGCUUCGCGUUUUGUCAUUUUCAAACGUUGCUAGCACCUCCACGGGUCGGUACUUCAGGCUGUUUUGCGUCUAACCGUGUUGGUUCCAGGGAUGCUUUUGAAAAGUUCUCAAGUAAACUUGUAAAUGACUGGCAGGAUUAUUUCGUGCGACUGCAUGCUUGCCCGCUUUAUCGUGAACGGCGAUUUUGUAAAAGCUGGAGAAUAACAAGGCAUAUUUCCGUAUAAUUGUUAUCGAAGCGGAGUAGUUUGCGAUUUCGCCGAGUGGCUGUUAUACGAUGUGCCGUUACUGUUUAGUGAAUGCACUGCUUGAGUGGAAUGAAAAUUUCCUGUUUCGAGCAAGACACUUCUCCAGUGCCCACAUGUUAAAUUUGCAUUAAGAGCGUCAAUAAAAGAUUCUCAAAGCUGUUAGAGAAAAAAACUUUAACAAGUUGUUGUUUAUUAAAUGAGAUCCUGGAAACAUUUCGGCAAACCGACAAGCUGGCUCUUCCAAACAUUAAAAAGAUAUACCUCAUCGGACAAAAAAUGUAAAAAAAAAAGUCAUAAGCAAAGGUCUUUCACACAUCUCAUUUACAGAAUCAUCAUUUCUCACGCAUUUGCAUGAUCAUGCUAGCUUUCAGAGUGCUGUGAGCGUUAAUCACUCACGUCGUGCAGCUCAUGAAUGAUAUAACUAAGCAAAGCGAGCAUUGCGCAUGCUUUUAUUUCUCCAUAGGUUACAAUGCACGUAAGUUUUUGGCGAAUUUUCAGUUACCUGAAGUAGAUGAGCUGAAUGCUCGUGGUAAAAAGCAACAGCCAUUGACAGCGAAGUCAGUCGGGCAAUCGUGGUGCACAUAUGUUUUGUUUAUUCUUUUCCUUUUUUGGAUAACUUAUUCAGUUAUUCAACUGCAAUACUCUCUUUGUCAUUGUAAUGUACAGUCCUGUAUUGUAAAUAAACAUAAAAUAAAGGGUAACUCCAUGAACGUGCCCCGUUU